AUGGAGGCUCACCACUUCCGGCUAUGGGCGCGCUGUCAACGGUUUGUGGGGGACGUGUGUGCUGGUCGUGAUGCCACCCACGGGCUGGCACAUAUGGAGAGGGUCACAGAAAAUGCUCUUCUCAUCCUUCAUAUGGAACAUGGACAGGCAACGCGUUCCCCAUUAACGCUCUCGCGAGUGAUCCUUAUCGCCAUGCUUCACGAUGUUGCGGACCACAAGUACGAUGUGGCGAAUACGCUGCUUCAGAAGGCGCGGGAGUUCCUGGUGGCGGAGAUAGCGGCCAUAACAGAUGUGGAGGUGAACAGUGAGGAGGCGCUCAAUCAUGCUCUUACCGCUAUGGAAGCGGUCUCCUUCUCAAAGGAGAAGAAGUACGGCAUGCGGUGGUUCGAAGCGAAGUUGUCGCCCGAUUGGGUUUUUGUGCGAGAUGUCGUGAGUGAUGCCGACAAACUUGAGGCCAUUGGCGAGGAGGGGCUGCGACGGUGCCUUAUGUACACAAGGCACACCUUAAUGACUAGGGAAGGGCAUCAGGUCUGGGAUGCGGCCCUGCAGCAGCGCUGUCUGGAGGCGGUCAAGCAGCAUUUUGUGGAGAAACUAAGUCUGCUGUCAACAAAGUUUAUAGUCACACCUGCCGGCAAGUUUCUGGCCGCUCCACGACAUGUGGCGAUGGAGCAGACGUUAAAAGCAUGGGACCAGCAAGGGUUGCCGUCACUGACAUGA